AUGACAGCAAAACAGCUAAAUAGUCCAUUACUAGGUCAUAAAGAAAAAAACAACCUUAGAUUAAAUAAUAAUAUCCAAAGGAGAGUUGUUUAUGCUAUAAUAUUAUGCACAUUAUUUACUAUUAUAGAAGUAAUAGUUGGGAUUUUUUCUCAUUCCUUGGCAUUGAUAUCAGAUGCUUCACACUUACUUUCUGAUCUUUGUUGUUACUUUAUAACACUUGUUAGUAUAUAUAUGGCGAAACAGAAGGCAACUAAGACAAUGUCAUUUGGAUAUCACCGUGCAGAGGUAUUAGGAGCUUUACUGAGUAUACUACUCAUUUGGAUUAUGACUAUAUUACUAGUUUAUGAAGCUAUUCAACGAAUAUUUAAACCUAUAUCAGUUGAUGGUAUAUCAAUGUUUAUAACUGCAAUGUUUGGUACAUUUGCCAAUAUAUUUAUUACUUUUGUUUUAUCCAUUCACAGUCAUGGAAUUCCAUUAACAAGUAAUUCAUGUAGUAUGGAUCAUAAUUAUGAAACAAAACAUAUAUGUAAAUUUACUAAGUUUACUAAGAAUUCCCAAGUAUCUGUUUCACCUGAUAUCACAAAAUCAACUCAUUUUUUUGAUGAUGAUUGUAACAAUAAUAUAGAUGAUAAUAAACAGAGUAUAAGUCUGCAAUCAGCUUAUAUUCACGUUAUUGGAGAUAUUUUACAAAAUAUUGGAUUAAUGAUUGCAGGUUUAUGUAUAUGGUUCAAACCCUCUUGGUCUAUUGCAGAUCCUCUGUGCACAAUUUUAUUUUCAUUUUUUGUAUUAGCAACUACUUUAAAUAUUUUAAAAGAUGUAGCAACUGUACUUAUGGAAGGAACUCCAGUAGGGAUAGAUUGUACUUCAAUUCAACAAGAUAUGUUAAAUUUAGAUACUGUAUAUGAAGUACAUGAUCUUCAUGUGUGGUCUUUAUCUGUUGGUGUUCCAGCUCUUUCAUGUCAUUUAGUAGUAAUAAAGGAGGGAAGUGCUAGGGAAACUUUAAGAUAUGCUACAGAAUUAUGCCAAAAGAAAUAUGGAAUAUAUCAUACAACAAUUCAAAUAGAUUAUUCGGUAAAUAAAGUAGCAUGUGAUACUUUGCAUCACAAAAAAUGUUUCGUUGGAUCCAAUAGUUUAGUAUUUUCAAGAGAUGAGAAUACUCAAAAUAACAGCUGA